GAACAAACAUGCAGCGUUCAUUCCUGCCAUCUGCUGCUGCUGCGGGAUCGUCGGGACAUAGGCACAGACAUCAGCGCCUUUGAGCUAUUUUAACUAAACUGACAGAAGGGUGUGUCCCACUGAGCAGAGAGCCAGCCUUCUGUCUUUUGUGGUAAGACCGCCUGUUCCGGCGUCAAAAUGGCCACAGGCCAGGGAGACAUCCCAGCACUUGAGUCUGGCAUGUCUGGCCUCUGUGUUGCCUUAUCAUCUCCUGCUGGCAUAGCUCGCCACAACAUCAGCUACGAUGAGCACAUGGAUAUCCCCAUGCAUCACCCCCCUGUAGACAUGACAGUAAAAAACUUCUGGAAAGACCCCGUCAUCCCUCGGCACAGGUUCAGGAAUAAAGAGGUAAGCAAGAAUGGUGACAAAAUAACAACAUGUGAAGCAUCACCCAAGUCCCCAGGGCCUGUUGUAAAGGCCAAAGCCACCACACUGAUGAGUUCCCUUAUGUCAAGACAAUCCCAAGAAAACCUACAGAAGUUUGAGCACCAGGCAGGACUGACUGAGGCUGUUUAUUCCCCCCACAAGGGCCUCACUGCCGAGGAGACCCAGUUCCACAGAGUAUCUGAUGGCAAACUGCCAAAGUUGAGAAUGCCGGGGGACUUCAAGGAGGACAGGCUUUCAACAUCUGCACAAUCGACCCCAAGCGGCACGCCUUCAGUCACCCCCUCUGUUACCCCCAGUGUUACCCCUCUCUCAUCGCCAGCUGUUAAUCGCAGGAACUGGUUCCAGCUGAGUCCGACCCAAUAUAUUACCGCACCUGAGCCUAUUAGACCCGACCCCAACAUAGACAUGGGAGGAAACGAAGGAGGAGGAGGAGGAGGUCUGGAUAAGUGGAACUUCUUUGGAACCCGGUCUGUGGUCCACAAGUCCCCCACGGACCCAGGCUCUGAAACCAGCACAGGCUUCUCCCUGCAGUCCUACUUCGGCCUGCAGAAGUCCUCUACGAUGGAUGGCACCAACACACAGAUCAGCCAAAAAGUGGAGGAGCCCGCCAAAUUCAUGCCCCCCAAGAUUGAAAUCUCGGACACUGAGUCUAAGCGGGUUUCUCCACGGCCCCACAAACUGAAACCUCGGGAUAUGAAUGUUUUAACACCAUCAGGCUUUUGAGGCCGGCCCAGAUGUCUACUCACCCUCCACCCCGCCCACAAACACACACACACACAUACACACACACACACGCACGCACACAUAUGGUUGCUAAUUUACUUUCCUGUCCUCUUCUGCCUCCUCUACUUCCCUGCAAAUUCCUUGAGAGGCUAAGAGGAAUGAGGACCACCUGAGAGUGCUGGCUCAUCGCCCCCAUGAGACGCCACCGCAGUGUUACACACUUCCCAUCAGACAUUUUCAUAUGUCCGUCUUUUAGGUAGUUUUCUUCCUUGGCCUACCAACUUACUCAAUGUGCAAUUUUAAUAAUAAUAAAAAAAAAAAUGGAAUAAGCGAUUUUAAUUUGUGACCUUUAAGAUGCUUUGUUUAACUGAUGUGUCACUUUGUGGGUGCGUCGGAAUGAACUGAUGUGGUUCCAUUGUUUGCAAUGGUGUGAGAUUGGAAGUUAAAUAUAUUCUCUGGUUUUUGCUAAAGUUAGUCACUUUACCAUUGCUUCCUUUACUAAAAUGGAACUCUUUUUUUUUUUUUUUUUUU